CGACGAAAACAAAGCGAGACUCUCGGGAACUGGGAGCCCCUGCUGCAGUGGAAUGUUGAGGUGGCAGGGCUGGUGAGUCACUCACCUCAGCAGAUGCAACAAAUUAUUCAUCGCUCGUGAACAGCCGAGAAUACAUAAUUUACGAGGACCAAUUUCCGACCGGGGACCAAUAUGAAGGACGUGUCGUUCGUGGAUCGUCUCUUUGUCGGCUUGGCCGUGGCCUCUUUUGUUGUGGCCGCGGACAAGAGGCCGGACUGCCCCCAACUCUGCGUAUGCGAGAACAGACCCUGGUUCUCUCCGAGUUCCGUAUACAUGGAGGCACAGACUGUUGACUGUAAUGAUUUGGGACUAUUUAACCUGCCAGAGAACCUGCCCGUGGGCACAGAAGUGCUGUUGCUGCAAACUAAUAACGUCGGGAAAAUAGACAAACCCUUGGAUUACCUGCCCAACAUCACAGAGAUUGAUCUAUCGCAAAAUAACAUCUCAUUUAUGAGCGAGGUCCAUCUCGGGAUUCUGCCUCAGCUUCUGUCCCUGCAUAUGGAGGAGAACCGGAUACAAGAGCUGCCCGACCGAUGCCUGGCGGAGGUGGCGAAUCUUCAAGAGCUCUAUCUGAAUCACAACCUCAUCUCCUCCAUUUCCAAAAUGGCUUUCCAGGGUCUCGGCAAGCUUCUCCGGCUCCACCUGAAUUCGAACGAGCUGAAAGUCAUUCACGGAGAGUGGUUCGAACCCAUGCCGAACCUGGAGAUUCUGAUGAUUGGCGAGAAUCCCGUGCUUUCCGUCGCCGAAAUGAAUUUCAAACCUCUCGGCAGCCUCCGCAGUCUCGUUCUCACCAGAAUGAACCUGUCCCGGCUCCCCGACAAAGCUCUGGCCGGCCUCGAUAACCUAGAAAGCAUCUCCUUCUACGAUAAUACGUUCCCCGAGGUGCCGCAUUCUGCCCUGAGAAAUGCGAAAAACCUGAAGUUUCUGGAUCUGAAUAAAAACCCCAUCGCGAGAAUACAGCGAGGGGAUUUCGCCGACAUGCUCCAUUUAAAAGAGCUGGGGAUUAAUAGCAUGCCAGAGCUUGUUUCCAUCGACAGCUUUGCCCUCAAUAAUCUGCCCGAGCUGACUAAAAUAGAAGCCACCAACAACCCGAAACUCUCCUACAUCCACCCCAACGCUUUCUACAAACUGCCGCGACUGGAAACGCUAAUGCUAAACGGCAACGCGCUGAGCGCCCUCCACAGGAUUACGGUCGAGUCGCUCCCGAAUCUCAGGGAGGUCAGCAUGCACAGCAACCCCAUCCGCUGUGACUGCGUGGUCCGCUGGAUGAACAUGAACAAGACCAACAUCCGCUUCAUGGAGCCCGACUCGCUGUACUGCGUCGAGCCCCCCGAGUACGAGGGCCAGCACGUCCGACAGGUGCACUUCAGGGAGAUGAUGGAGAUUUGCCUGCCGCUCAUAUCUUCCGAAAGCAUGCCCGGGCAUAUUAAAGUGGGCAGCGGGAGCUCGGUGUCGCUCCACUGCCGGGCCUUCGCCGAACCGGAACCGGAGAUCUACUGGAUCACCCCGUCCGGGAAUAAAGUCAUGCCUAACACGGUGUCCGAUAAGUUCUACAUGCACCCGGAGGGGACGUUUGACAUCUACGACAUCACGGAAAAGGAAGCCGGCCCUUACACGUGCGUCGCCCACAACCUGGUUGGCGCCGAUCUGAAAUCGGUUUCAGUCGAGGUGAACGGGUAUCUCCCCCGGCCUGCAAACGCUUCGCUCGACGUCGAGGUCAAGUCAGUGGAGGCAAACGCGGUCCUGGUUCGGUGGAAGGCGAACCCGGGCACUCUGGCUCCCAGGAUCAAAUGGUACAACCCUUCAAACGCUCACCAUCCCGCCGCUUCGUUUUCCGCCAGGGUGCCCUCUGACGUCCAGAUCUACAACCUUACCCGUCUCAGCCCCGCCACCCAGUACAUAAUAUGUGUGGACGUCCGCAGCAUCCACUACAAGCGUGACACCAAAUGUGUCAAUGUCACCACCAAGGGAUUAGUGCUCGCUGCCAAGGACACGGAAAAAUGGGACACGGCGCUAAUCACAUCCUUUGGUGUGCUCCUGGCUGGGAUUUCAGUGGGCUGUCUGCUUAUUUACGUGUCUCUGAGGAUCCACCAACUUAAUGGGGAUUUAAGGAAAUGCGACUCCAAAGCUUUGCUGUCACCGGCGGAAGCCGCCGGCGGGCGCCCGCCGUCCUGCGCCGAGGUGUGGUUUUCAGGUAGGGCGCUGCCGAGCGGCGUGAAAGUGAAAGCCACCGUCAUAAACUUGUCUGACGAUGCAUUUUAAGGACGGAUCGGACGCGACUUCACAGGCGGGCGCGGACGAACGUGUCGCACUGUUCCAAAAGGCAAACCCAACCCUGAGCCGCAGCUCAGACACUCUGGCAAGACUAUUACCGGACUGGGAUGGAACUGUGUCAUUUCCAAAUAGUCGCUCUCCCAAGUUUAAACCCCCGGCCGAUGGGGCGGCUUUGUAGCCGUGACAUCAAGCGAAGCAAAACAUCGAUCGGGGUGAGGCGUUUUUUCCCCGCCAGAAGACACAUUUUAACGACGGUUCAUACGGAAACAUGGGGAGGGGGUGGAGAAAGUUCAGAUCAGACGAGGAGCGAGGACGGAGAGGAAAGAGGGUCCGCUCUCUCGUAACUGACUGUUCAAUUUGUCCUGAAUUGUGGAAAAUGUCUGUGUGGUCCCGAGCAAUACCGUCUGUGCUUUGUCGAAAAAAAAAAAAUUUCAAUAAAAAUCCAUAGACGAGUUAGCGAUACAGUAAUAACACCUGUCUAUACCGAGGGAGGAGAAUUUAGUAGACUAGACAAAUAACAGUGAACUACGGUGUAAAGCCUUUUGAUGAAACCCACCCCUCCCCCCCCUCUUUUCUAUUUAAAAAAAAAACGAAUUCUUGAUUUUUCAUGGAAAUAUUGUUAUAUAUUCUCUUAUGUUACCGUCGGUUUAAAUAAUUGGCUUGAAAUUAAGGCAAGCGGCGGUGAUGGCAACGUCACAUUAAGCUUAACGGAAUUCCGCUACAAAAUGGCCGUCAGAGGAAGACGUGUAGUUCUCUUUUCAACUACGGGGGGGAAAUAUGAGGGCACGUCGGACUACUACAAGUGCAAAGCUGAAGGGGCUGCUGUGCUACCCCCCCCCCUCCCCGAAAAACUCAUUGGUAUGCCCUGGUAAGUGCCUAAAAAAAAAGAACUACAUGAAGUCGGAUGAAGAAGAAUCAAAAAGACUAUCAGUUGCAGCAAAAAAAAAAAAAAAACAAAAAAGAUGAAAAAAAAAUGACAAAUAUGACUAUGUACACAUCGCAGAAUCACAAGCUACUCUCCAGUAUGACGUGAAGACUACCCUGUCAGUAUUUUUAGCAAACCUAUUUUAAAGAUAUUUUGUUGUUGCUUUGGGUGUAAAAGUUAAAAGCCAUUUUUAUAUUAUAACUGUUCUAUAUGUGAUCGACGGGCACAGCAGACUAAUUAAGCGA